AAUCUUUCUUCCUUUCUCCUUUGUACACCAUGGCACUUGCUCUUCGAGAAGAAAACUUUGUGAUCAUCGAUGUGGGAUCCCAAGUGACCCGCGCUGGCAUGGGCACCCUUGACACUAACAAAACACCCACCGUCACAGUUAACAUGGCAGACUUUAACUAUCCACUCAAAAACGAUACAAUUGUCUCUUGGGAAGAUUUGGAAGCAUGCUGGCAUCACAUUCUCUUUAAGGAAUUGGGCAUCAAGAAAUCGCGAAACGAACACGCCGUACUGCUUUCCGUACCAACACAGUGGUCGAAAUUCGAACACGAACGUAUCACACAAAUAUUUUUUGAAAAGUUUAACGUACCUGGUAUAUACUUGGCACCACAACCCCUAUUGGCUUUGUACGGCUGUGGGUCGGUAUCUGGCGUUGUCGUAGAUAUUGGCGAAGAAGCAACACAGAUCAACGUCGUCAUUGACAGUCUUGUUCAACCACAAGCAACAAUCACAGUUCCAGUGGGCGGCAAAGAUUUUAGCGAUCAUUUGUUACGGUUAAUGAAAAACGACGCGUCGUUGGUACAGCAAUUCGAGGGUAAAGAAGGUGUCGCACUUGAUAAAGAAUUUGCCCGAUUUGUCAAGGAACAAAAAGGCGUUUGCAACGUAUUUGUUGGUCAUGAUGUGACAUCCACAGAGCAGUCAAGUGAAGCCAAUGACAUUGAAAAUGCAGCAGCAGCAGCCACUGAAGAAGCAAUUGAGGAUGAUGUGCCCUCGACAGAAAAGGACGAUGAUGACACAGUCAAGGAUGUUUCUGAAAGCAUCGAAAUAGAAUAUAAAGGCUACAAGUUUAACGUUGGAUCGUAUCGUCAUCAAGUAUACGACCCACUGUUCGAUCUGAGCGUUGUUAGCAAGAAUGGACCAAACCUAAUCGAAGCACUGCGUGUUGCAGCAUCACAUUGUGAACCACCGGAAAUCCGACCCAAGCUUUGGGAAAGUAUGGCGUUGUGCGGAGGCGGCUCAUUAAUGACCGGAUUACAGCCACGGAUAAGGGCAGAAGUGGUCAAUGUGUUGCCUUGUUCGGAAAACAUUGGCGAUGCGCAGCCGAGACAGGUUGGAUUCUUACGGAUACCAGAUUACUUUACGGUGCUGAAAGAUCGAACCUAUCGAAACUUGUGCACAUGGCUUGGCGGUGAGAUUGUUGCAAAGCUCGUUUUUGUUGAUGCAAAGAACUAUGUCAGCAAGGUGGAUUACAAUGAAAGUGGGCCUUCGGUGAUACACACGUCUUUGUAGAUGAAGAACCAAAAAUACGAAAAUCAUAAAAAAACACCAUACAAAUAUUGCUACUAUCAAGUCCUGAAUGCAGUGGAAAACAUUUCUUUUCAAAGAACUACAAUGAUUUUUUCAAUUCAGAUGCAACUAUCUGUUCAUUUGACAGUGCAGGUCCUUUAUGCAAGAUUCUUAUGUUUUCAUGUCGGGCCUUAAGAUAAAUAGCCAAAGUCUCCUGUCAUCUCGGGAUACCAGCACUAGUCCGCUGGAUAUUGUGUUUCAUCGAUCGACAAGAAAACCCUCUACAUACAAACCAUAAGCAUAGUCGCUUGGUGCUUUCG